GGGGACGAUGAGAUUUGGUUUGCGGCCUAGUGUGUGACGAGCAAAAGCUAAUCAGAAAGCGGGUGGUUUUUUUUCCAUCUGGCUGUAAUCGAAAAUGGCGACUUCCUUGGGCUCUAACACGUACAACAGACAGAAUUGGGAGGACUCGGACUUCCCUAUUCUCUGUCAGACAUGUUUAGGCGAGAAUCCAUACAUCCGAAUGACCAAAGAAAAGUAUGGCAAAGAGUGCAAGAUCUGUGCUCGUCCCUUCACCGUGUUCCGCUGGUGUCCGGGGGUCAGGAUGCGCUUUAAGAAGACGGAAGUGUGUCAGACCUGCAGUAAGAUGAAAAACGUGUGUCAGACCUGCCUGCUGGAUCUGGAGUACGGCUUACCCAUUCAAGUCAGAGACACAGGGAUAUCCGUUAAAGAUGACAUGCCAAGAUCGGACGUGAACAAAGAGUACUACACCCAGAAUAUGGAGCGAGAGAUCGCGAACUCUGAUGGCACAAGACCAGUCGGUGCUCUGGGGAAAGCUCCCGGGUCCAGUGACAUGCUAUUGAAGCUCGCUCGCACCACUCCAUACUACAAGAGGAACAGACCUCAUAUCUGCUCUUUCUGGGUGAAAGGAGAGUGCCGUAGAGGAGAGGAGUGCCCUUACAGGCACGAGAAGCCUACCGACCCGGAUGACCCGCUGGCUGAUCAGAACAUUAAGGACCGUUACUACGGGAUCAACGACCCGGUGGCUAAUAAGCUGUUGAAGCGAGCCUCCACAAUGCCUAGGUUAGACCCACCUGAGGACAAGUCCAUCACCACGCUGUACAUCGGAGGCCUAGCAGAUACCAUUACAGAUUCAGAGCUCAGAAACCAUUUCUACCAGUUCGGAGAGAUCCGGACCAUCACCGUAGUGCAGAGGCAGCAGUGCGCCUUUAUCCAGUUCGCCACACGUCAGUCGGCUGAAAUGGCUGCAGAGAAAUCCUUCAACAAGCUCAUCGUUCAUGGCCAUCGCCUCAACGUCAAGUGGGGCAGGUCCCAAGCAGCCCGAGGAAAAGAUGGUGAAAAGGAAGGCGUGACUGAGAGCGGAAUCAGACUGGAGCCUGUGCCCGGCCUCCCUGGAGCGCUGCCUCCACCGCCCGUCUCCAACGAUGACAUCUCGGCUAACUAUUUCAACUUGGCGCCUAACACCGGUCCUGCUGUCAUGAAUUUAGGGAUCCCCCCUCCCCCUGGAGUAGCCAUUCCUCCACCUCCAGGUUUUGGCCCCCCUAUGCCCUACCCCUCUAUGGAUCCUAUGGCCCCUCCUAUGCCACCUCCAAUGGCCAUGAGGCCUCCAGGGCAGGUGCAUUAUCCUUCCCAGGAUCCUCUGCGUAUGGGCGCACAUGCCAGCCGCCACGGAGGCUCCUAGACCCGGAAGGAAGCUACCUUACUAUUCGGAUACGUACGAGAGUGAAGAAGACUCUACAUUUUUUUUUUUUUGUUUUUUUUGUUUGUUUGUUUUUGCCAACAGCCCAUCCCUCAUUUCUGGAGUCUUUUUAUAUCAGUAACCUUUUAUGAACUUGGUGAACUUGUCGUAGUGUUCCUGCUGUUCUAGAAAUAAACAUCUUAACUAAUUAUAGCCAGCUUAAAAUGAUAGGACAUACCUAAUUCGUAAUGCUUUUAUAUUUGGAAUCGGAGGUUUCAAAAUGCAGAGAGGGAUUUUUUUUUUUUUAAUUGGAAGAAAUGUGGAGUUUUUCUUUUUACAGUUCUGUGUAAACAAGCAAAGAAAUCUGCAGUGACCAAUAAAUACCACAUGAGGCCAUUGCUGACUGCUCUUUUAGUCCCCGUUUACCAAACAAAACAAAGGAUCGGUACCGAGAACGGAUUUGUCAAAUAAGAGACGUAACAAGAUUGAACAAAUAUGUAUUGUUUAUAUUGUUUUUUUGACAUAUUGUGAUGUCAAAAUUCCUUCCUAAUCCUGCUCUCUGUACAUUUGUAUCUAACUCUAAAGCUUGAGUAGAAAAUACUCGGUUUUAUUGGCUCAGUUUGCAGUUGAUUUGAUGACAUUCCAAUGAUGGUGACAUGCUGAUGGUGUGUGUGUGUGUGUGUGUCACGAUCGAAAUGCAGUUCUUCACCACUUUAAUGGUGUCAGUAAUGCGUUAAGCUCUCCAGCCUCUCGGUAUGCGGUUAAAGUUGGGCCUGGCACAUAUCCUCUCCCAGGUGAGUGUGGGCUCCGUGUAGGCCUGCAUGAGUUCAAAUCCAGGCAGAGGCAGGGUCCGGGUGCUACCUGGCGUCCCUCCAAACGGCAUCGGUGCUCUGUGAAAACAUUUUUUUGUUUGUUUGUUUCUAUGUCUUGUAAGUCUUUCUUAUGGAGAAAUGGAGUGUAAGUAGUUUUCUAUCACACUAUGUCAGAGCCUCAGUGGGGCUUUGAGUGUCAGAAGACUUACGCCACGAUCUCAGCCGAGCAAUGUCAAAUUUGUAAGGAUGGAGUUUAGCAGUUUGCAAGCAAUCAUAUUACUUCUGUUUAUCAUGUGACUGUCAUCUAAUAAAUUUCUACCAUAUUUUGCAUGGGC